UGUUAGAUGAUAUUCGUUCUAUUCUGGAAUAAGUUGAUAAAUGUUUACAAAUUGUUAUGAAAACAAAAGUUGAUUUUAAAUGCAGAAAAGGUAGCAAAAUGAAUGAUUUGACUAAUGCACCUCAUGGAUAUAAAAUAAAUGAGGGGAGUAAGCUCAGCACUUUUGUGAAAUAAAAUGUUUUACUUGGCGUAUUUAUAUGGUUCCUUGUGUACAUAAUUUAUAAAAUUUAAAAUGAAAAGCAUAAUUGAUUUAAUAAACAAGUUCUUUGCACUUUAUUUUUAAUAACCCGAACAAAAUACACGUUAACAAAUGCGAUGAUAUGCAGUGGCAGAUUGUGAUAUUUUCAAGAGUUAUUAGGUAAAGGAAUUCCUAAAUACAUGCGUUCUAAAUUGUAAAUUACGAUAUACUUUUGACGGAUGAUAAUACGAGUAGUAUAAAAUUACUCGUCUUUUGGAUUUAUUAACUCAAUGUAGAUAAGAAUAAAUUUUCAAUCCGGCAUUACAAAGUAUGAUUUCACAGAUCACAUACUAGAUUGAAUGUUUAUACAUUUUAAAGUAUAAAUUAAUCUAAAUAAAUUAAACUGUGUAAGGUACACAUGUCACAUGUGUGAUAAAAUGCAAGACGGUUUAGAAAGUGAACAUAAUUCAACGAAGGCAUCGAAUGAGGCAUUUCAGAUAUCCGAAUAUGUACAGGUCUUAAUAAUCGUCAUGUAUUCUAUUGUAACAAUCAUAGCUGUGGGUGGAAACGGGAUUGUUUGUUAUUUAGUGUAUGCUUAUAAACGAAUGCACACGGUGCCGAACUAUUUUAUUGUAAACCUCGCCGUUAGUGAUAUAAUCAUGGCCGUGUUUUGUAUUCCAUUUACAUUUAUUGCCAAUUUGAUUCUUAAUUAUUGGCCAUUUGGUGAGACAAUGUGUCCUAUUGUGCUAUACAUACAAGUUGUUGCUGUGUUUCUAAGUUCCUACACCCUCGUUGCCAUGAGUAUAGAUAGAUACAUUGUGAUUGUUCAUCCAUUCAAACCAAGAAUAACACAAAAACAAACUGCGUUAACGAUUCUUGGAAUAUGGGUGAUGUCGUUUACUAUACCGUUACCAACGUUUUUGAAAUCAAGAGUGAUUUACCAUUCUAACACAAGCGGACAAUGUCUAGAAACCUGGGAAAAUAAUACUAAACAAUAUUCGUACGGAUUGUCCUUAAUGGUUUUGCAUUACUUUGGACCAUUGACCAUUUUAUUAUUCUCAUAUUCUAAAAUUGGUUACAAUAUUUGGAUUAAGAACAUUCAAGGAACAGAUAGAAACAAACGUAAACUUCAAUUGGCAACCGCUAAGAAAAAGAUGAUAAAGAUGAUGGUGACAGUUGUAAUAUUCUACGCUUUAUGUUGGUUACCACUUCAUACCAUAACCCUAGUUGGUGACCAUAACCCAACGAUCUACAACAACAAAUAUAUUCCUAUACUAUGGUUGGGUUUUCAUUGGCUUUCAAUGAGUAACAGUUGCUACAACCCAAUAAUUUAUCUUUGGAUGAGCCCUAAAUUUAGAGCUGGCUUACGGAUGGCUCUGAACAGCUGUUGUCAAAAGAAGCAGACGACAUUGUCGUCUGACGAGGAAAUUUACAAAAAUAUACAAAUUAUAUUCCCGCGCCUACGAUAUGAAUUACAAAUGGAGGAAAGUGUGAAAAAUAACAAUAGAACUCCUAGAUUGAAAAUAAACUUUGAGGAUUUGAUGUCAGGAGAGUACAUUAUUCCAGACAGAAGCAUUCAUAGUGACACGUGACAAAAUAUUGUCCAUUCUGAUACUUUCUUAGAAUGUCACAACUAUAUGUAACUCGUAACAGCAUCUUCUUAUAUAAAAUCAUGCUUAAAUGCCCAUUCAGUUUCAAACAUGAUAAUAUAUUAAUUUUUCAUUUUUUUAUUAUUAUUUUUGAAGUGAUCUGAUAUCAUUCUCAAGCAUUUAAUCAUUUGCCGUUUAACUGGGCCAUCUUUUGCUUCAUGUAGAUACAGUGUAUUCAUAUUUUUUUAUUAUAAUUCAAAACACCACUUAUAUAUAUCUAACAGCUCCAAAUCUUUAAAUCAUACAGUAUUAAACAUUUAUUUGCCUUUUAAAGUGAAAAAUUAAUGUAUAAAUUUCGAGGGCAUAUGGCGCCUUUUACAACAGGUUGUAUAAAUGAUUUAGAAUCGUUAUAAUUAAAUCGUCUUGCAUUGGAGAAUAAAUGAGAUUAUGUUAUUUAAGACGUAUGCCGUCAGAUUGUGUUGUGCUAAGAUGUAUUCCACUUGGUAUGCAACGGAUCGUUUCUGCGAUGCAUCCUUAAGUCAUGUAAGCCUUUUGAUUUAACGUUCUUUGCAACUGUUUCGUCUUAUUACUUUAGUAUGAAAGGAACGGUGUCUACUAAAAUAUAUUAUCUAUCUUCAACUCAAGUAUUUGUGGACAAUUCUAAAUGGACACUUUUUAUUGAACGAAUUUAUUCUUAACUUGAGAUUUGUUUUAAUUAUUUUAAUGUUCGUUAAAUGUUUUCAUUUAUGGAAAUUUGUUUAAUGAAAUUGUUUUGGUGCAAUAAUGUUUUAUUGAGC